CACUCGCAGAAAUUAUACAAUUUUUUUAGGGAUUCUUCUUUUUUUUUUUUUUUUUAUGUGGGGGCGCCCGGGGAGAAUAAAUAUAAAUAAAACCUACUUUUUGGGGAAAAGAAGAAUAUUAUUUUUGCUUUUCCUGGGCACCCCGCCCCGGAUGUAGUGCCGGGGGUAGGGCGAGGCGCGCGGUUCGGUUGAGGCGGGCGGCGAUGGCUGAGGAGCGGCGGCGGCGGGCGGCGGCCGGGCUGUACGGCUGCCUCCGCCGGUGGGUCCCGGCCCCGCCGCUGGGGGAGCCGGCUGGGGCUCCUCUGUUAGACCCGCGUUGGUUUUGUUUAUGCAGUUAGGCUUACUGUUUAGUGAGGAACGCAGGGGAGAAACUUUCUGUACUUUAACGUUUUGUGUUUCUUUCAGAAUAUAUGAAGAAGGAAAGGAAGGUAUCUCUGAACAUCUGUAUCUCUGCGAGACCGAUGUAGAGAUCUGUUUGAUUGGUGGUAGUUGCAAAAGUCCUAUUGAAAGAUUUUGGAAUGGAAAUGAUAUGAUAUAUAUUUUGCAGAAAGCAAGACACAAUGAAGAAAGUGACCCAGUGGAAGAAUCAAAACCAGAUGAUACUAGUUAUGCCUUGGAGCUUUCACCAAAGGAGAAUUCUGGACCAGUGGCUCUAUCUGUCAGAACAGCAAAACAGUUGAUUUCCUUAUAUGCAAUGGUACAAAAUCCAAACAUGAGCCACUUGAAGACAGGGGAACUGGUUGUGCUUCCUCCCCUCGGGAUAAGGUGUGAUGGUUCUGAUCCUGAGCAUACUUAUUGGCUUGGAGCUGAGCCUCUCAAAGCUGGAAAAAAAAUCACAGGGAUCAAUUUGUAUAUGGUUACAUGUGACGGCCCUACAGCUGAUAAAAGCUGUUUUGCAAACCUGGAAGAGCUCAUAACGGCACAUAAAACGAUGCAUCAUUCAUCUAUUGUGAUGACAAAAGGAUCUGCUCAGUAUGAACUUCUUAGAGCUGCUGCACUGGAGGACACAAUUGUAGAAUCCACAAGCAACAUAUAUGUUGAUAUGACAUGGAAUACUGUAAAUAAGAUUCUGGAGACACCCCCACUAACUUCAGCUGCCACUCUGAAUAUUACACUGGAGGCUGGGGACCCUGGAAGCCCUGUAUAUCAGCUAUACAGAGAACUGCAGUUUCUCCUUGCUUUGUCUGAAGGUUUGAAGACAGGUGUGACCCCGUGGCCUGAGCCCUUAGAGUCUGAAUCAGCUGUUGAACAGGUCCAGGAACUUCUGACUGAGUUAAAGAACAAGCUGGAUAGAUUUUGUAUAUCUGAAAAUGAGAACGGAACAGAGAAAAUCAAAUGUGACACUGCUGCAGUGGACAGUUCAAUAAAAUCAGUCUUCAGUGAGCGAGGAGACCUGGAUUUUGCUGAACAAUUAUGGUGCAAAAUGAGAAGUGUCAGUUCCUAUCAGGAGUUGGUAGAGUGUUUCACACUGGUCAUAAAAUCCCUGGAACGUGGUGAGAUACAGCCAUGGAUUCAUCAAGGGAGUAGCAGUUUGUUAGCUAAAUUGAUUCAACAGUCUUAUCAUGGAAAGACAGAGGUCGUUUCCCUCAGUGGUAUCACUCCGAUUCAAAUGGUCUUGGAGAUUGGUUUGGAUAAGAUGAAGAAGGAUUAUGUCAGUUUUUUCAUAGGCCAGGAACUUGCAACAUUAACCUACUUGGACUACUUCAUUUCCACAUCAGUAGAUCUACAAGAACAAGUUCAUCGUGUUCAAAAGCUUCACCAUAUGCUGGAAAUAAUGGUCAGCUGUACGGUCUUACUUCAGUUUAAACAUGAGAACCUCUUCCCUUUGACACAAAUUUGCAUGAAGUAUUAUAAGGAAAACCCUCUAAAUGAGAAGCACGUGUUUCAACUGCCGAUCAGACCAGCAGUGGUCAAGAAGUUCUGUCAAAAUGAUGACCCAGAAAUAUGGAAGGUGGACAUAAGUAGUGGGCACGGACAGAAGGAGGUUAGAACAACAUGGCAAGUUAGUACUAAUCCUCCGGUUGAACAUAUGACAUCAAACAAUACAGGUCUCUUUUCCGACUCCACAGUUAAUGGAAGCAGUGAAGAAAGAAUGUAUUACAUUGCAAUGGCUAAGUGCAGUCAGGUGCAUUUCACAUAAAUGCGUGUUACUCCACAGGCAGGCACUUGACAGGUACAGUGAAGGGGAAAGUUCAGUAUUAUCAGUGUCCCAACAGUAUAUUUAGAAACACUCUGUCAUUGGAAGAACAGUACAUCUUACUGAGUUAUUUGCUUUAGUAUUCUUGAAGUCUGACAUACACAGCCGUGAUUCACCUGUGCACAUCUAGUUUUUUAUAAAUGUUGUGCAAUUAUGAAUGUACAGUGUAAUUAUUUUGAAAAUAUAGUAGAUAUUUUUGUUCGUAUAUUUACAAACAUUCAAUAAAGUUCUGCACUUUGGGGUUUUCCAUUUUAUUUUUAUUCAUUAAGAAUUCAAUCAGACACAGUUCAAAGUAUGAAUUAUCUUAACCCAACAAAACAAGCAAUAUUGUCAUGUUUUCCUGGUCUCAGGUGACAUCACAUCAUCCAGAUAUAUUUGGAAAGCUGUUCAUCCAGGGCAUUGUGAACUUCUGACAGUUCAAUUUUCUUUGUCCCUGUAUUUAUAUUUUGGAGUAUUCUUGGAUAUACUUCUUUUUCCUCUUCAGAUUCAUUUUUUUCCAUCAAUACAAAGUGAAUUAUUUUAAUGGUGUUGUCUUGUAUACUUUUGCAUAAUGUUUUGAAAAAAAUGUUCAGUAUAAUUGGCUGGGCAUAAUCAUUUAAAUAUAUUGGGAUGACAGUUGCAUAUGUUCUUAUGUUGAUUAGAUAUGUAUGUAACAUUUUGGUAGUGUCAUUUUAAACAAUUACAUAGCAUAGUAUAUGAUGAUUAAAUAAUUUGAGACAGAAAUGUUUUGCAUAAAAGAAACUAUUAACUAUUGAUAAGUAAGAAUAAGGAAAACCCCAAUAUUCAUGCUUUUUACAAACUGUAAAAUUCUAUCACUUCUGGUUUCUCCUCAGUAAAUCUUAUUUCUUACCCCUCUCCUAAUAGUACAGAUUAAUAACUGUCAGUUUAAUAGCCUUUGUAGAGAAGCUAAGAACAAGGUCCUUUCUUGGAUUUAUGUACUGCUACUCUGCAUGCAGUAUAUGCACGUUCAGUCUUGAAAAUACAGUGCAAGAUAA